AUGUCUACCGAGGCAUCAGUCCCAGUUCAAACGGCCAAUUCAAGCCUGCCCCAAGUCGCCGGAACAGAACCUUCGCGUGCAGUACUGGAUGCCUUCCGUAUCGCAAUUGCUGUACAGAUACAUCGUGCCCUACCCCAACUCAGUGUGGAGCAAGUGUACCCCGGAGUGCUAUAUGGUGUCAAGGGCGUCGACUUCACCGUUGCAAUGGCCCGCUUCCGCCUUGGAGGCAAGCCUGAUGAGUGGGCCAAGAAAGUCGCUGAUUCAUUUCAAGCCGACGAAUACGUUGAAGCUGCAACACAGAUGAAUGGGUUUGUCAACUUUAAACUCAACACCAAGAGCUUGAUGAGCCAGGUCUUGAAGCAAGUCGACGCACUCACUAAUCAUACUGAGGACAAAACUCCCCAAUAUGGUUCCAAUUCGUCAGGAGCUGGCAAAAAUAUUAUUAUUGAAUAUUCAUCCCCAAACAUCGCUAAGCAAUUUCAUGUUGGCAACCUCCGGUCGACUAUCAUUGGAGGUUUCUUGACAAAUGUCUACAAAGCCAACGGAUGGAGCGUGACUGGCAUGAAUUAUCUCGGCGAUUGGGGCAAGCAGUUCGGAAUGAUUGCCGUUGGCUUUGAAAAGUACGGCUCCGAAGAAGCACUUGCUCGUGAUGCCAUCAAGCAUUUAUACGACGUCUAUUGCGCUCCAAAACUGGCGCAGGUGGAGGACCUCUCCAUCGAGAAGUACAAGGAAGAAUACGCCCGACUAAACAUAGCAUUUGAUGUGUAUUCCGGCGAGUCCCAAGUCGGAGCAGAUACUAUCAAGGUCGCGGUCGACAGGUUGAAAGAGAUGGGACUUGUCUCAGAAUCCAAGGACGGCACUUCACUGUACCUCACCCGAGACAUUGCAGCUGCGAUCGAGCGAUAUGAGAAGUACAAAUUUGAUAGAAUGAUCUAUGUUAUCGCGUCACAGCAAGACCUUCACUGCGCCCAAUUUUUCAAAACCUUGGAGUUGAUGGAAUACCCAUGGGCGAAGAGCCUGGAACAUGUCAACUUCGGAAUGGUAUUGGGAAUGAGCACACGGAAAGGAACGGCUGUAUUUUUGGAUGAUGUUAUUCGAGAGGCGGCUUCUAUCAUGAAGGAAAAAAUGAUGAGCAAUGAGGAGAAAUAUAACGCCAUAGAGGACCCGGAGGGAGUCUCGCGAGAGAUUGGUCUAUCGGCUAUCAAAAUUCAGGACAUGGCGGCCAAGCGGAUCAACAACUACAGCUUCAAUUGGAGUCGAAUGACCUCCUUUGAAGGUGACACUGGCCCAUAUCUCCAGUACGCGCAUGUGCGUCUCUCUUCUAUCUCAAGGAAGAACCCCGAGCUCCUCCCUCUGCCCGCGGCCGACAAGAUUCAAACAGACCUCUUGACCGAGCCCCACGCUCGUGAAAUGGUCUUUAUCCUUGCUUCCUACCCCGUGGUGCGAGUCGCAUGUGAGAAGAACGAACCUAGUGGAGUUGUCACGUUUGCCAUGAAGCUAUCGCAUGCAAUCUCUAGCGCGUGGGAUCCUCUACCAGUCAAGGGACUCGCCGCGGACCAAAUCGAGGUCGCACGAGCUCGACUUUGGUUGUUCCUAUGUGCACGGGACGUACUUGGUGCUGCAAUGCGUUUGCUAAGCAUCCGCCCGUUGGAACGAAUGUAA